GUCAACUUCACUCACUGAGGCUGGGUCACGCUCCAAAGAACAGCCGGUUGUUUUGUACGUCGCCACAAUGUGACAGGAACAAUUGUUGGUUUGAUAUGGAGGCGACUGGCGAGGGACCCCGCGUUGGCCACCGAGCGGCAUCUGCGAGCCUGCUGGUGUCCCGCAGGGUCUGAGCAAUUUGGGAGUACAGAGGGAGUGUCUGCAGCUGGCUCGUCAUCCUCCGUGGCACCGAAUGACUCCAGCAUUGUGAGAGGCUGCAAUUGAUCGGAUGUCCGAGACCGAUCCAUGGGCCAGAAGAAUCAUGCGGAAGCGGGAGCUGGCCGCAUCCUUGACCUGGAGCUUGAGUAUCUCCACGUAGCAGGGGCUGACUGGCAGGCUGGCAGCACCGACGGGCCUCCUGCCAUGGACGAGCAGGGGGAGAGCGACACCGCCACCACCGCUACCCCCCUUGCAGCCGUGGCAGAGGAAUUUGCCUGUUCUGACAUAGAGGGUAAGCCACAGGCAUCUCCAACCCCCACACCUACUGGUGACAUCGACCUAAACACAGAAGAGAGCUGCUCAAUUCACACCAAGAACCCUCACCAGCCGCUCUGUCGGACCCAGUGUGUGGACUUGGGGACCGAAGGACCACCCGAGGCGCCGGUCGAACUUUCAUCAGUGGUCCAACAAGAUAUCCCUGCUCUGCUCCAGCUCCCACCAGUGUCUCAGACAAACCUCUCCAAAUGCGAGCCGACAUCCAGUGUUGUCGACAAGCAGUAUCAGGCCAAACUGGAUUUUGCGCUCAAGCUGGGCUAUUCCGAGGAGAUGGUGCGGCUGGUACUUUCCAAGCUGGGGCCGCGCACUUUGAUCAACGACAUACUGGGAGAGCUGGUCAAACGGGGCUCUUCAGAUGGCGAGCAGCCAGUAGGGUCGUCUGCCUCCACUUCAACAUCGUCAUCGUCUUGUUCCUCUUACAGUUCCUCAGAUUUUCCGGCAGUUCCGGGAUUGGACUCACCGUGCCCGUCAGACCCACUGUGUGACCAGGAAAACCUUCGGCCUAUUGUGGUGGACGGCAGUAAUGUAGCCAUGAGCCACGGCAACAAGGAGGUGUUCUCCUGCCAGGGCAUCCAGCUAGCUGUUGACUGGUUUUUAGAACGCUGUCACCAUGAUGUCACAGUUUUCGUUCCAGCAUGGAGGAAGGAGCAGUCACGGCCAGACGCCCCAAUAACAGACCAAGAGAUCUUGCGGCGUCUGGAGAAGGAGAAGAUCCUCGUGUUCACUCCUUCACGCCGUGUGCAAGGUCGUCGUGUGGUCUGUUACGACGACCGCUUCAUCGUCAAGCUAGCUUACGAGUCGGACGGCAUCAUCGUGUCCAACGACAACUACAGAGACCUCUCCAAUGAGAAACCUGAGUGGAAGAAGUUCAUAGACGAGCGACUGCUCAUGUACUCCUUUGUCAAUGACAAAUUCAUGCCACCAGACGAUCCACUCGGCCGACACGGCCCCAGCUUGGACAAUUUCUUGAGGAAAAGACCUGUGGUGCCUGAGCAGAAGAAACAGCCUUGUCCGUAUGGAAAGAAGUGCACUUACGGCCACAAGUGUAAGUACUACCACCCAGAGAGAGGCGCACAGCCGCAACGUGCCGUGGCCGAUGAGCUGCGGGCCAGUGCCAAGACCUGCGUUGCCACCAAGAACCAGGGUGACGCCGGGCUGGUGAAGAGCCACAGCGUGCCGGCUGGCAGCAUCGAGGCAAAGAAAGGUGUGGCAAAACGGCAGUCUGACCCUGGUGUCCGAGCUCUCUCGUACAGCGAUGCAGAAGAGAAGCUGGCAGCAAACGAUAUGAGAGAAAGUCAGAGGACCAGCGCGUCUGGUGCUGUCGGUAGUUGCAGCGGGAUGGCAAGCAUGUCUGCAGCUUCAGGAGUCCAGCCCUCUCUCCCUCACCAGGACCAACAUUCCCAAGCAGGCACCUCUCAGUGUGUUCCUCCAGCCCCCUGCCACGACCUUUUCCCACACCGUGAGUCCCCAGACUUGAGCUACUACUCAGUGGCGCACGCCUACAGCAGCCUGCGCAUCUCAUCCAGGCAGAGCCCAGACAGUCGCUUCCCGCACGACGGCGACCUGCGGCUCGGCUCUAUGGGAUCGGCCGGCUCCGAAUGUGGCAGUGAAAGCAGCACGAGUUGUGGUAGCAGCUGCGACUCGUACAGCGACCGGCCCUGUCACGCUUGCCAGGAUAGCUUGGUUGACGACACUGGCCAUUACGCCAAACCCCACAGUCGGCCAUAUUUCCGUCAGGCUGCAGGAAGCCAUGAACUGUGCAGCUUUCAUGUGGCCGAUUACGCAAAUGUCGCACACGGUAAAGUGACGAACUCGGGAGCACACAGCUACAAUGCAAGCGCAGCACCGGGGCAAAGCUGGGAUCAGGCUCCCGACACUGGUCCAAAACGGCCUCUCUAUCCAUUAUCCCUUCAUUUCCAGCACCCACCGCUUGCAACACGUUCCAGCUGCCCAGCCGACUACCACACGCCUGCUGCAUCUAAUACCCCUGGCUCUCCUAUUGGCCGCUGUGUUGCUCCUACCAGAGCAGAGAGCGCAUCAGAAUCUCGUCUUUAUGAGCAUCGCUACAUAUCCCAACAUCACCACCGAAUGAAAGCUUUGCCAACCUGGGCAUACUAUAGGGAGUCGCCGGCACUUCCUCGGUACGGGCCCAGUGCCUAUCAGAGCCUGUCAGACACAUGCCAGGCAUCGUGGCACUCACCUCAGUGGGCACAAGAUGGCUACACGCCGCGCAACAUGUCUCAUCCCGCUCUCCACUCAGCUCCGUCACACUAUUUAAGUCACCCGCUGCCCCCUGCCCAGUCUCCUCUCCCAACCCACCUCGCCCCAUCCUCGUACACAUCGCAGCUGCCCGAUUCCCCAGGGCACAGUCAGUAUGGAGAUGCGAGGGAGAAAGCGUACGCCAACCUGUGCAACAUCUUCCCCUCGGAGCUAGUGAGUCGGGUGAUGGCUAGGAGCCCCCAUGUCACGGACCCCCAGCAGCUUGCAGCUGCCAUCCUGGCGGAGAAAGCUCAGAUGGGCUACUGAAGCAACUGCAUCAGCACAUAUUUGUUAUGGGAAUCCAGAAUACUUGGCCAACAGCAAGAUGCUGAUAUCUGAUAAGAUCUGCUGUGAUGAUCAAACUAGUGAACAGUGAUGAUUGUGUGAAAGUUUCACCAUUUGUCUACCUGUAGGCAGCCUACUGUGUGGAAGUUACAUCAAUGGUGCACACCCAACUUAAUCUGUGUGCUGUUGACGGUUUGUCAUCUUGUUCGAGAUGACAAGUGCUUUGGGCCACAUUAUCACUGUGGAGAUGGGCGAUCCUUUGGUGUGUACCUUAGUUUUAGUAAGGGACAUCUUUCACUUAUCACGCGCGCUCUCUAUCUUGCUCUCUCUCUCUAUCUAUUGAUCUAUCUAGCUAUCGAUAUAUAUAUACAUAUAUAUAUGUAUAUAUGUGUGUAUAUG